GUUGACGUCAUCUCUGUGCUACAGUACUUGACAUCAUCUCUGUGAGACAGGCCUCAGCGCACAGUAUCCUGCAGGCUGCAGAUGAGAUGAGGUGAGUCGCUGCUGAAGAUAUCAAACUCUCUGAGCAAGAACACACAGCCUUUAAUAUCUCCUUUAAACCCACGCAGCACGUGUCUCCUCCAGAGUGCUGGUGCAUGCUGCAGAGAGAGUUUGACUGACUGCUGCUGUUAGUUAUAAACAAGCUAUCAGGCUAAUGGUAGCUGGCUGCAGUUAGGCCUGCAGAGAGAGAGUCGCAUCACAUCACAGCUACUCUAACAUCAUGACUUCCAGGAGGACAGGCUAUGCUGGCAGCAUGGAUCCAUCUCCUUCAAACAGUGGAAACCGCAAACAGAGCAUCAUCAACAUCCCAGAGAGGACAGUGGAGUCCUGCUAUGAGAGGAAACCAGACAAGGCUGCUUAUGGAGCUCUGCAGGGCAACAUGACAGUCACAUCUCUGAAGUCACGCCUCGCUCCAACCAUCCAGACUGCCAUGUCUGCAGCUGUGGACACCCUGCUGGGAGAAGUGGUGCUGGUCCUCAAUGAGACCCAACAGGAGCUGCUGCACAAGGAGCAGGAGAAUGAGAGACUCAAAGUGCGCCUGGAGGUGUCAGAGAGGGAGCUGAAGACCUUACAGGAGUGUCUGUGCAGUGCUCAGAAGCUCAUAGACCAGCUCCAGAUCUCCUACACAGGCCCUCAGUCUAUCAGUCAGUCUGUCUUUGCUCCAUCUCUGUCUUCCAUGGCUUCAAUGUCUUCAGGUUUGGACCGGGACCACCAGAACGCCAGGAAUGUGAACGGAGCCGGCGUGGACUUGGGUGGUCUGGGUGGCUCUGUGGAUGAUUCGCUUCACGGGUUCGAGCCCAGAGAUGACUACAAGAUGUGCCAGCUGUCAAUCCAACCAGAUGGUUCUGUGACCAACCACGCUCUGGACUCCUUCGCUUCCAACACGUCUCACAUGUGCUCCGAUUCCAGCAGACCAGAUGAGAGGCAGUCUCAGGGACCAGGUGGAGCAUCCAGGUUUGAGAUUAAAGAGGAGCAGGGAUCAGGCUCUGGUCAGCCCGGCAGGAAGGAGCCUGGAUUGCGUAAUGACAACAGAGUCGGGGAUGGCGACCUUGGCUAUGUUCAAGUUGGAGGAGAGGGAGUUUCCCAGCGUUCCUUUACUCACCCCUUGCGUCACCAAAGACCUGUGCGAGAAUGCGGCGAUGCCUUGCAGCAGGGCGGGCUUGAUGGACAGAAACAGUUGGCUAGGACUGCUGGAGCCGGGAGAGUAGACAGUGUUUCACCGGGCAGGGCAGAGGACUCGGCAGGACCUUCGGCCUCUGACACAGUAGUGGACCCCGCUGCAGAUCGGCCUCAUCACUGCUUGGAGUGCGGAAAGACCUUCCGUCUGAUCUCCAGCCUGAAGAAGCACAUCCGCAUCCACACCGGGGAGAAGCCCUACCCGUGUGGAGUCUGUGGCCGUCGCUUCCGCGAGUCAGGCGCGCUCAAAACCCACCUGCGCAUACACACCGGGGAGAAGCCAUACUCUUGCUCCGAGUGUGGAAACUGCUUUCGCCACUUGGACGGUUUGCGCAAGCACAGGCGCACGCACACUGGAGAGAAACCCUACGUGUGUGCCAUCUGUGGGAAACGCCUUAGCCGCCUGCAGCACCUCAAACACCACCAGCUCAUCCACACCGGAGAGAGGCCGUGCUGCUGCCCCUUCUGCAACCGCAGCUUCAAAGAGCCCGCAGCGCUGCGGAAACACAUCCGUACGCACCGGGAGGAAGGCGGUCACAUGGGGAUUACUGCCAGUGAGGACACGGACCCAGACGCCAUGGACGACAUUAACAACCUCCACCCAGCAGCUCCGUCACCUCAGAUGAGGUUUGGGGAGUGGGGAGCUGAGGAGGAUGACAGCUCGGUGGUGGACUGUGUGUAGGGCAUGAUUAAAGGAGUAACUGUUGGUAUUCUCACCACGAAACAUACUCCGGGUUAAAAACAUGGAAUAAAGUGUUAUAGUAGUUUGAAAACAUGAUGGAUAAGGUCAUCUCUGUUCCAUGCUGUUGAGGAAUGAGGCUUCAUAUAACCCUAGCCUUGGAGCUUUGUUUAUAUUUUGCAUCUUAGAUGUAAAACUAAAACAUCCACUGUACAUUCUGCAACUAUUUUUUCCAGACAUUCAUCAAGCAGCAGCAGUAGCGUACAGGUUGUUCUUGGCACAGGGAGUUGCGGGCUUGCUAACUUCCUGGCAAUAAAUUGGGAAAUUGAUGGCUGAAGUGGACAAGAGCUGAUUCCUCACUUUAAAAAUAUAAGUGCCUUGAACACUCCCUCAACCAUCAACUGAGUCACUGCUGCUGCUGUUCAGACAUAGCUCCCACCUGGAUGUUAGUCAAUAUAAUUUUGUUACGUUAUGACUGAUCUGAGUUUUUUAUAGUUUCACACAUUAGAGAGAUUGGAUUUGCUGGUAGAUUAUCUUCAGUUACUAAUUAGCAAUGCUUUUGCCAACAUACUGAGCUGCUCAAAUAAGGCCUGCGCAAUUAUUAAUCAAAAUUUUAUUGAAAUUGCAAUAUGUCCUACAGCAAUUUUUAAAUUGCAAGAGGCUCAGUAUUUGUUAGAGGCGAAAUGUAUGUCGAAAUACCAUUUUUAAAUUAAAUAUUGUGGUGCUGCAGAGAUGUCCUGGCGUUCACAUCAUAUUCCACAGACUUAUGAAAACAUAUUUGUUUGCUAGAUCCCUGCAAAAAUCACACCAUAAUCAAUUGAAAUUGCAAUAUCAAUCAAAAUUAAGCGAAAUUAGAUAUUUUUUCAAAAUUGUUCAGCCCUAGCUCAAAUAGAUGGAAAUGGAUCCACAGGGCUGGUUCAUGCUUCAUGUGAGGACAGACAUGCAGGAGUACAGACCAUGUGCAUUAUGUAGCUAGGCAUUAUUGACUAAACCAAAUAUUGCAGUAUUUUUGUUUUACUUUUUUAAUCUUGAUUAAGUGAUAAUAUUUGAGUGCGGGUGCCUUUUACACAGAAUUUGUUAAUUCAAUUAAAUGGUCAGUCAGUCAGGUUAAUAUUGUGGAUGACCAUAGUCCAUAGUAUGGGCAUCUUCAUUUCACUCAGCUGGAACAGCCAAUCAAACGGUUUCAAAAAUCCCAGACAAUAUCUGCCUCCUAUUAUGAUAUCAAUGUUAAACUGACUCCCGGCUCUACCUCGGUAUACACCCUCGCUGUGCUGCUGGUCUUAUUUGUUCUGCUAAGCCUGGAUGGAGGUAUUAUAGCACUGUAACGUUGUUGAUGGUGCAUAAUAGGGCAGUCAUAGACUAAAUUAUUCAUCUGUUUACUUAUAGCCAUCUGGUUUCCUCCCCUAAUAGAUACAGUUGAGAAAAAAUAUUUGUUUCCAAUAAUUGUCCUGCUACAAGUGGAUGCAGUUGCAUUGGAAAAAUCUGGUGCUUAUGAGGGACCAAAGCACAUUUGUGAAUAUAAAUCAUUUUAAUGCUACAGAUGUCACCACCAUUUUCAAGUAAUAAUUAAUGACUGCAAAAAUACCAUUCCUAGUGGAGUCAUCAAAUUUAAGAGGGGAGCGUGGCUUUGCAGUCAACCCCCAAACGGCUACAUUUACACCGUCGUGUGUGUCUUCAUGAAGCAUGAACUAGUUUCACUCUUCAGUCGACCGUGUGCCAUUCUGAAGCCCUGCUCGGCUCUACUCUCUUAUCUCUUCCUGUCUCUCUGCAGAGCUCUCAUCGGUUACACAAUCGUAAAGCUGAAGUUAUUUGUGUCAAGAAUAUCUAAGUUUGAAGAUGAAUUUAUCUGUUCAGUCGUUUGAAGAGGGCUCAGUCAGUUGGCAUCAGCAUGCACCCAGAUCAACAGCUUAAACAUUACUUUACUGUUUCUUGAUUUGAUAAUCAUCUCUCUCUUAUAGACCAUAUCUUAGCAUUCCGUUUUUUGUUCAAGCUGCUACUGUUUGUCUAGAAAGUUUUUCCUUUUCUGGACUUGUAUUAUUGUAACCAACCAGUCCCCAGCAAUUACCAGCGGACAGAUUUUGGUGCUUGCAUGUGCAUAUCUGUUCCUCCGCUGGCAUCGAUUGCCUCCCGGCUGUUUCUGUACAUAAGAAUGUAGUUUUAGCCAUUUUAUCUGGAUUAAUGAGGGUUAACAUUUGUGGAAAAGUUAAUGUGCAACAACGACUUUUUAAAAAAAACAAAAACGUAACGUGCUUUGAAAACAUCAGUAUGCGGACAUGCAAUGUAAUUACAUAUAACCUUAUUAAAAAUUCUUCCUGAUGUUCUUCCUGAUGUGACACGACUGAUGCAUCAGGGUUAACAGCAGAGCAUUAAUCUUCUCAGCCUCUUGAGCUAUACUGUAGGUCUCUGGUGUCAUUUAUACUACUAUACCGAUCUCCAUGUAACUAUUCUAUGUACAUUUACAAGUGUUUUUAAAGGCACUCAAAAUGUUAAAUAUCUGUUACUGUAUACCCCAAAUACAAUUUGCCAAGGUAGUCUUGACCCCUGAUAAUCAUAUUUAUUGUUUUUUGUAUUACAUACAGAGGGGGCCUUUGCAUGUAGGUUUAAACCGAAAAGGCAUUCUUCCUUAAAAAGUCAGUGUUAAAUGUAAAAUCAUGAAAAUUUUUUAUGCAUCUGUGUUCAACAUAUAUUCCCCCACAUCACAUUCAUCAUGUUACCUGCUGUAAAAGUUACUAUAUUAAAGGGCCUUGUUUAUA